AUGGAGGGUCUUGAUGAGUGGGAAGUACUAUCUGAGAGUGGGGGUGGAUUCCUUGAUAUCCAUGAGGAUGAUGGCAGCAACUUUUCCACACUUUCAGACAACCUUUUCAAGAAUUACUUCCGAUGCCCUUCCCCUCGGACAGCUUCUUCUCCUCCACCUCCUCCUCUCCCUAAUCAUCAUCAGUUGGCAGAGGCAGAGGAGGAGGAGAAGAAAAUUGUUGUCACCCAUGAUCUGACCAUCACCAAUCAUCAUCCAACUGAUGUUGUUGAGAUUGAUGAUGAUAAAGAUCCAAACUUUGAGGAGGAGUUGUUGAUCAGCAGCAGCUCCCCUAAAAAACAGGUUUUUUUCGUCAAGAAAGAAACUUUAACCGAAUUUGUCGACAUGAUGAAGUUGGACUUGGAAUCCCCCAAAUCCAACAAACAACUCAGUAGGCCUUCAUCCCCUACUCAGUUGAUGGGUCACCAGUUUGAAUCUGGUGAACAAGCAGCACCAGAUGCACAGGUUUCUUCACCCAGAAAGAUGAUGAUGAUGAUGAUUGAUGACCAGAAUGAUGAUGAUGAUGAUGUGGUGGUGGAAGAUCAGGAUCAGAUUAAUCAAGGUGGAACUAACAUGAACAACAACAAUAUUUUAAAGUGGAGCUUAAGUGGGAUUGGGGCGAUUUGUUCCUUCGGAGUUGCCACCGUUUGCAUCUUUGUAUUGGGAGGUCUCAUCAAGAAUUCUGGUCAUUCCACUGCCAGAAAGCCAUACCAUGAUCAACAUCCUCCUCCUCAUCAUCAGAAGCUUCAGUUUCACAUUUAUGCUGAGGAUAAGAGGCUGUUGAAGCAUGAAUCAACCAAAUUGAAUGAAGCCAUUUCAGCGGUGAGAGACAUCCCCUUCAGCAGAGCUCACAUCACUUUUGGCGGUUACUGUGAUCAUCUCCAUCAUCGUGCUCACUGA